GUAGGCGCAAACAUCAGGUGUUAAUGUGUCAAUUUGAACAAAUUAUUCGUGUUUUUAGUGUUUUGCACGCUCAUUUUUCUUCCGACGGUCGCUACUUUCAGAACCGGACAGCUCCAGUCCGUUCCCACGCCCCGCCCCCCUUCAGCUGUCUGGCGAUGAGAAACAACCACACACAUUCGUACGUCUGGGCGACACCUCGGGUGGCCAAUUGGAUUUUUUAAAAAUUAUUUUCGCAGAGGGGAACUUCAAGAACAAUUUCCCCCCUUUUCAUUCGUCUCCUCUGACAUCGGUCGCUUCCAGCGAAUGGAUUGAUUUAUUUUCAUUGAGUCACGAAGCUUGUUGCGUAUGCGAGGAUUAAGGAGAUCUUGUGUGCAAUGAAAAGUGGGCACUUAUUGUCGGCUGUGUCUACACUGUGCAGGGCACAUCCUCCAUAAAUCAGCGAAGCUGUUAGUAAUGCUCGCAACACUUUGCCAAGCGCUUUCUUUUGGGUGUCCCCGAAGAAGACUGAGGGGGAUGACUCUCCUUUUCGUGCUUUUGCAAACGGGGCUUGUUUUGGGCUCUAACUACGGCUAUGUGGAGUGGUCAGAAAACGACCGAGACGAGAACCCGUCAGUUUUCAGCACCCAAGGCAUCAACAGGGAGCCGCCCCACCACCACCCAACCCAUGGUUACUCGCCGCCGGCUACCGAACGCACGGUGGUGGCGCACAAAAUCGAGGAGGAUCUCCCGAGGGUGGUAACCGCUUUCCUCCACAGCGGCAACUCCUCGGCGCUUAGGCAAGUCAACUGCUCAAGGAGGUACGAACUGAGCAGCCUGCGAGGCGGCCUGCACGUCGCCUCCCACUACUCGCUGCACACUAUCUUGGAGACCAUAACGCACGCCACCAACUUUUUAAACAUGAUCAUGCAGACCAACAAGUCCCGAGAGGACACUUUACAGCGGGAUAUCCACUGGUAUCAAGCGCUGGCUCGGAGCAUGCUCGAGGGGGACCCCAAAAUCCACAGAGUCAUGUUAAACUUCCACAGAGACGCCGGCCCGCACGUCUUAGUGCAGGCGACCAGGAUCGCGAAGGAGGUGGUGCUUCAGGACCGGCUUCUGAAGAGCAAAAGCACUGAGUCCGAGUGGUUCAGUGAGUUUAAAGACGGAAAAAGAACAUAUACGUCCAGAAGGGGGUUGGACUCUAAGACUGGAGUUUACCUAUUAGAGAAAAAUAAGAUCAAGUGGUCUGCACCUUACUUGGAAUGCCAUCAUGGGACUUUCGUGCCAUAUUGGCUUCUCACCUUGUCAGCGGGAUUCUAUGGACUCAAGAGAGAUUCGGAACUUGAGUUCAGGGGUGUUGUCCGAUUGGAUGUGAACUUGCAAGAUGUGGAUAUCGACCAGUGUGCCGACAGUGGCUGGUUUGCUGAGACACAUCGCUGUAAUCUCACCAGUAUGGAAUGCAUACCCAUCGCUGGCCAUGGAUUUGUGUUGGACAAAUACAAGUGUCAGUGCAAGAAAGGAUUUUACCAUCCAAGUCGUGUGGCACUCAACGGCUUUAAAAGUCAAGAACAGGGCUCUCACAGAAACAGCAUUUCUGAUGCUGCAAAUAAAUGCCUUCCUUGUCGGGCUGGCUGUCCCAACUGCAGAGACAACACUCCCUGCGUCGCACAGGAGGACAGUGGGCUGCGGCUUGCUGUGGCCUCCUUCCAAGGUCUGUGCAUGGUACUAGACUUGGCCAGCAUGGUGGCAGUUUACCACUGCAGGAGAAGUAAGAGUAUCCGCACAUCUGGAUUCAUUCUGCUGGAAGCAAUGUUGUUUGGAGCUUUACUGCUGUACUUCCCUGUAAUGAUACUGUACUUCCACCCUAGUGUGUUCCGCUGUAUCCUCCUAAGAUGGGUUCGCCUGCUGGGUUUUACUAUCAUGUAUGGUACUAUCAUCCUCAAACUAUACAGAGUGUUAAAGGUGUUUUUGUCACGUACGGCACAAAGGACACCUUACAUGACCAGCUGGCGGGUCCUAAGGAUGCUGGCAAUAAUCUUGUUAGUGGUGUUGUGGUUCCUGGUGGCCUGGACAUCUGCAGUUUGUCAGAACCCGGACCUGAGUCAGGCCUUAAUUACAGUGGGACUCUCAUCGGAGGGCCUGCAGUUUAGUAUGUGUCUGCUUGACCGCUGGGACUACAUGAUAGCUGUUGCGGAGUUGCUUUUCCUGCUUUGGGGUGUCUACCUGUACUACGCUGUCCGAACAAUUCACUCAGCCUUCCACGAGCCACGUUACAUGGCUGUGGCCAUCUACAAUGAGCUCUUCUUAUCAACUGUCUUCCACACCAUCAGGUUCUCUGUGGCAUCUAGCCUUCACCCAGAUUGGAUGCUGAUACUGAUCUUCACCCACACUCAUCUAACUGUCACGGUGACUGUGGGAGUGCUUCUUGUUCCAAAGUUCCUAUCCAAAGUGACUCAGGCUCGGGAUGAUAUUGCCACUGAGGCAUAUGAGGAAGAGCUGGAUAUUGGAAGAUCUGUUUCUUACCUCAACAACAGCAUCACCUCAGCCUGGAGUGAGCACAGCUUGGACCCUGAGGAUAUACGGGAUGAGUUGAAAAAGCUCUACUCCCAGCUGGAAGUCUACAAACGCAAGAAGAUGCUAGCCAACAACCCUCACCUCCAAAGGAAACGAAAUUCCAAAAAGGGCCUAGGUCGCACCCUGAUGAAAAGAAUCACAGAAAUCCCCGAGACCAUGCACAUACACCGCCAGUGUAGCCGAGAAGAUGGCAGUGAACAUGGCAGCAACCGCAGUACUUUGAGGAGGAAUCAAAUGGAGCACGGAAAACAUCGAGAAGAUUCACUUAAGAACAAAGUCAUAAGCUUGCAGAAGUCGCAAAGUUAUGAUCAUGUUUGUGACCAAGAUGAGGAAACUGGAAGUCAAGUUGGCUCUGCAGCAGGGGACAACAUAACUCCAAUGGGUAAUGCAGGGGAGUGUUCUCUCCUUGGUUCCCUCAUUGGCCGCAAACACUGCAAGAAGCAACUGGAACCAGGUGCGCCGCCAUCAAAGCUGGAACCAGCUGGGUCCACUGAAUCUGUUCCACUCUUCUGGAAGUCGGCGAGCGUUCACAACUUAACACACGAAAAGAAACCUGUGCACCUACGGACAUCCAUCAUGCAGAAGUCUCUCAGUGUAAUCACCAGUGCCAAGGAGAAAAUGCCGGGGCUUGGCAACAAGACGCAGAGUAUGGAAGAUGCCAGCAAAAAAGGUCUGAAGGGCCCAGAAGGGAGGGUGCUUUCAGAAGUGGACGAGACUCCGGAACAUUAUCCCAAAAUGAUCGUCAGUCAAUCCGUGGAGUAUUCCAAAACACCUAUGAAGAUGGGUAUCAUGAAGCAACAGGUGAGUGGUAGUCAGCCAUCCAUUUGCUCUGAAACUGGCAGGAACUUGUAUGACGUGUCUGAAGUUUGUCCCUGGGAUAUGGAAGAGCCUCAGACCCCAUCUGAAGCCAAGACACAGAAGCAUGUGUCCAUUGCGCCAGUGGAAAACAACACAGGCCGAAGAGGAAGUAGCAGUUCUGGCAUCAGCAAAUGUAGUCGUUCCCAGCAGAGGCAGAAAAUGGGGCAGUCUCCAUCAAACAGACGACGCUCCAAGGAUAGAGGUGGUGACAGGGAGGAGAGCAGAGAAACACGGAAAUCUCGAGGACCCAGGUCACCUCUGCCUCUCAAACCAGAUAUGAGCCCCUGGGAUUUUGAUGAGCAGCCCAUGCUUGGCGGUGUUUCAGAGUCCAUCUCCCCAGACCGAAUCCGUCGUAAAAAGAGUGUCACACCUACUGAUGGUAAACCCAAGGCACUCCAUUCGGACCACUCAAAGUCCACAGGAAGCCUAUUGCAGCCUCCCUCAUUGAUGGUAGAGAUCUGCCCAUGGGAUUACAACUGCCCACCCUCACCCAAGCAGGAGAAGACCUGCAGCAGUCCUUCUGCAAACAAAAAGAAAACGAAAGGGUCCUGCUCAUCUAACCAUAAGACGGAGAAGGAAAAAGUGAGGGAUAAAACUAGGGAAAGACGGAGCUCCUCCAGCAAACCGCAGUCAGAGAGAAGGCGUGUCAGCCAGUCCUCCGAGUGUGGCGGGCUACAAUCCGAGCGGAGGAGGAGCUCCAACAAAGAUCCAGAUGGGGCAGAAGUGAGGAGGGCAGAGACCGAAGCCUCAAACAGCAAAUAUGGUCAGAGUAAAACCUCUACUGACAAAAAGAAAGAGCGGUAUCACAAACCUGCAAUCAGUAGCAGUCCGAAAACGGCUGACAUUUGUCCCUGGGACUUUGAGGACCAAGAUCAUGGAGAAAGGGCAUGAUGAAGGCUGUCAUUCCUUUGUAUUUGUAUUCAGACUUAAAAGCACAUGGACAAAGUUUGAAAUGUUUGAUUACGAAGAAGAACCAAACGACAUUGACAUCGAUCCACCGGAAUUCUUAGGUCAAAUUUCCGAACUUUUGAUCGUGACAUGUUUGAGCAAAGUCAUUUUAUCUCUCUCCCCCGCUUUUUUUUUUUUUUUCAAAUAUAAUGUAGUUGGUAAUGGUGCGAUGGGGGGUGUAUGUGCAAUACUUAAUGUACCGUAUUUUCACACACACAUAAAAUUAGGGUUGGGUAUCGAGCAUCGAUGGGAUCCGGGACUAACACUCCGGUACUCCCGGAACCGUUCAGAUUUUUUAAUUUCAAUUCCAAGUUUCGAUGCCCUGAACGCAGACCGGAAAAAAUAUCUGAUGAACCUCACAAAGAAGCCACGUGAAGACUAGCUCCGUUAUGAGCAAAUCAUAUGAAGUGGCUAAUUUAGCUUUGCACAAUAACGUGUGUCUUCGCUUCACAUAAAUGACAACAUAGUAACAGAAUAAACACACCGAAAUGAUAUCAGAACCUCUGUUAAAACGUGCAAAUUUACAGAUUUUGUUUGAUCAAGGGUUCCCAACGAUGUGUAGUGCAGAGGAGGUGUGUAGCAUCUGUACACGUCAAGGAUUCUUUUCCAACUAAUGUUGUUUUUGCCUGCUGCUUCCAGUAAGUCACCACUAGGGGAAGCCAAGCACGCAUAGCAAAACCAAAGAAAAACUGUAGAGUCCUGAGUUACAAUAGUGACAUCUUGUGGACAAAUGAACAAUAUAUCAGUUUAAAAAGAAAUCAAACUUAAAAAGUAGUCACAAGGGACAGAACAUUCCCCGCCUUAACUCACUUGAAGAAAUACCACCUAAAACUAACGAUGCAAUACAAGAAAUGCCUGCAGCAUACGACACUCUAAAACAUAGGCAAAAGAAUAUGUGUAAAUGUUUUCUCCGCGAGUUUUUGAAAAAUAACAUCAUUGUGAAAGUGCAGUCCUGUGGAAAGAAAUUUCAUCAUAUUCAAGUUCAAAGACUGCUAUUUAUAUACAAAUUAAAAAUAGCCCAGUGAGAAAUUCAUAGCAACGUUAAUUGAAAGUUCAUACAAUAUUAAAAAUAAUCGAGAAGUUAAGGAAUUAAUAUAAACUAAGGGUGUAACGGUACAUGUAUUUGUAUUGAACCGUUUCGGUACGGGGUGCUCGGUUCGGAACGGAGACGUACCGAACGAGUUUCUGAUCAGGUUACAGUUUCUUUGUGUAGAUUAUAUUUACUCCGUCUUCUCUAGUAUAAUGAGGACCAACACGGUAGGAUAGUAUAACCCAGAAACGUCGACGGCGCAACAACUUGGCCGCCGCGAGAACGCAGUGAAACGCAGGCGUUAAAGCAGUGCUUCUCAAUUAUUUUCUGUUACGCCCCCCCAAGGAAGACGUAAAUGUUUCGCGCCCCCCCAAACUCUGCCGCCACUGUAAAUAGUAUCAUUUGUCUAUAAUAUUACUAUUAUAAGUACGCCUCUGCCUCACAUUGUCAUUUUUUUCUAUUACAGAAAAUGACAGAGAUCAAUUUAUAAAGUAUAACUUUAUCAACAUUGUUUUGUUUGUAACAGAAAAGACUUAACGCACAUCAAUUUGCCUGAAUUGAAAAAGAAAAAAAAAGUCACAUCCAAACUGUAAAAAUACACUCAAGGUACAUUUUUAACAUUUGAUACUGAAAAAUAAAAUCAGUAAAUAAUAAAAAAUUCAAAUUGAUUAGAAACAUUAACUCAUGAGGACAAUAUGCCAAAAAAUUUGACCGAAAAAACAAA